AUGAUUUCUCAAUUCGAGCUCAUCGGUGACGACAAGGUCGGCGUGCUCCCAAAGCAAGUCAAUCAACUUGAAAUGUGCCGGGAAAUUGCUGCUCAAAAGGACAUGCAAGAAAACGACUCUUCUUUCAUGCUGGUUGAUCUCGAUAAGAUCAUCGAAAGAUUCAACCUUUGGAAAAGAGAGCUUCCAAUGAUUGAACCAUUCUACGCAGUCAAAUGCAACACUGAUGUCGUUCUCAUUCGUGUUCUUGCUUCUUUAGGAUGCGGAUUCGACUGCGCAAGCAGAGAAGAAAUCGACAUCGUAAUGGAAACCGGAGUCUCCGCGGAUCGUCUGAUCUAUGCCAAUCCAUGCAAAACUCGCAGCUUCAUCGUCCACGCUUUGGAGCGAGAUGUUCGUAUGAUGACUUUCGACAACGCCGAAGAACUCAUCAAAAUCGGAAAGCUACAUCCAAAUGCUGAAAUGAUCCUCCGCAUCGCUGUUUCCGAUCCAACGGCCACUUGCCCACUCAAUCUGAAAUUCGGAGCUGACCCAGUUCUUGCUGCUCCACAGCUUCUCAAACUUGCUCACGAAGAAGGAGUCAACGUUGUCGGUAUUUCCUUCCACGUCGGAUCGGGAUGCAAUGAUGCGACUGCCUACCGUACUGCACUGUCGCACGCCAAGAACUUGUGUGAGAUCGGAGAGGGAUAUGGAUUCAAGAUGGACAUCAUCGACAUGGGAGGUGGAUUCCCAGGAGCUGAACAUGCACACAAUCCAUUUGAGAAGAUUGCUGAAACCAUCCGUGACGCUCUCGAUGAGUUUUUCCCAGAGACUGACAAGCGUCUGAUCGCCGAACCGGGAAGAUUCUUCGCAGCUGAACCCUUCUCGCUAGUUGCCAACAUUAUCCAUGCUACUGAAGUUCCAGCUUCCAAGAUCACCAAGGAUCCAAAGGACAGUGCCGAGCAUGGAUACAUGUACUACAUAAAUGAAGGUGUCUACGGAUCAUUCAACUGCAUCCUCUUCGACCACGCUCAUCCGAUCGGAGGCCCACUCUUCGACGUUGAUCGCAACGAGAAGUACAUGUCUACUAUCUGGGGACCAACUUGCGAUAGUCUUGACCUCGUUGAAGACAAGAAGUUGAUGGUCAAGAUGGAAAUCGGAGAAUGGAUGUAUUAUCCAGACAUGGGAGCAUACACCCUGGCAGCUGCUACCACCUUCAACGGAUUUGCCAAGCCAGUUCCAAUGUAUGUGAUGAGCGAGGAGAUGUGGGCAAACAUCAAGGAUUCCAAUCACAUCUAA